AUGGUUAACAGCAUCCUCGCAGCCGUCUUUCUCUUCCUGUCGUUCGUCCCCGGAAUUUUGUCCGCCGACUGGUGGACAGUCGAAUGGGAUGCGGCAGAGUUCACUUCGAUGUCAGGAGACAUGAUAGUUCCGGAUACGCCUGAUGCUGGAGGAACACCGUACGUUUGGCCAGGCCUCCAACCGGGAUCAACGGGUGUUUUGCAAGCUGUUUUGGAUGGAAGAUCGGGAACAUGGUGGAUCGGUGAUGGCUAUUAUGGGACACCUAGCCUGCCUUGGGGAUCUGGAUUCAACGCCUAUCCAGGCCAAACCGUGCACUUCACCUUCUCGGUCGAUUCCAGUGGUACCUGGACCUGCACGCUGUCUGGACCAGGUUCUGCAAAGAGCACAUUCGCACUGUCAGGACUAACUAUGACCCGUGCGAUCUUGGCUGUGGAAUUAUAUGAUGUGGCCUUUAACUUCGGUCCAGUAACCUAUCGGAAUCUCGUCCUGACCGCCACCACCCCGGCGAGUCAGUGGUGUGGGAAAACGUCAUCGCUCGGAUACAGUAGCGGGGGGUAUACUGUCAGCGGUGCCACGGCAAAUGGGAAUACGUGUUCUAUCAACGAGGUCAUCAUGCCGAGUGCAUCUUAG